AUAUGAGGGCGACAAACGUACAUGUCAGCAAAAUGUUGCGCUAACUAUCUACGUCAAAAUAGUAUUUCUUCAGGGUACGACUACACACUGACAAGUGUGAGAAGGGUUAGAAAGUUCGGAGACUUUUCACCAGGGAAGCUAGAAAGGCUGUAUAUUCACCAAACAACCAGUGAAACGUUCGACACGACAGUUUUCUUUUGAGCUUCGAUAUUCUUUGGUCUGCAUUUGUCUUUGUUUUUCGACCGAAACUAAGUUAACGAUGAGCUUCCUAUUUGGCAGUCGCUCGUCUAAGACCUUCAAGCCGAAGAAGAACAUCCCAGAGGGCUCCCACCAAUACGAGUUGUUGAAGCAUGCAGAGGCAACGCUGGGGAGUGGGAACCUGAGGCAGGCUGUCAUGCUGCCAGAGGGGGAAGAUCUCAAUGAGUGGAUUGCUGUUAACACUGUGGACUUCUUCAAUCAGAUCAACAUGCUCUACGGCACCAUUACUGAGUUCUGCACUGAGACCAGCUGCUCUGUGAUGUCUGCAGGGCCCAGGUAUGAAUACCACUGGGCCGAUGGCACCAACAUCAAAAAACCCAUCAAGUGCUCUGCUCCCAAGUAUAUAGACUACCUGAUGACCUGGGUGCAGGAUCAGCUGGAUGAUGAGACACUCUUCCCCUCCAAGAUAGGAGUGCCCUUUCCCAAGAACUUUAUGUCUGUGGCCAAGACUAUUCUGAAGCGCCUGUUCAGAGUCUAUGCCCACAUCUACCACCAGCAUUUUGACUCUGUGAUGCAACUGCAGGAGGAGGCUCACCUCAACACCUCCUUCAAACACUUCAUCUUCUUUGUCCAGGAGUUCAACCUCAUUGAUCGUCGUGAGCUGGCCCCUCUGCAGGACCUCAUUGAGAAACUGGGCUCCAAGGACAGAUAAACACCUUCGUCUCUCGCUCUCUUACCCCCCCCCCCCUCUCUCUCUGGCUUUCUGUAACUUCUUCACUUUGCCUUUUCUUUCUCCCAUCAUUCAUUACCUGUAUGUUUUCUCUUCUAGUUUUUUGCUCUCUCCAUCUAGUUGUCUGUUGACAUUAUUUCAGAGCUUGUUUUGUUAAAGCUCACUAAUCUUUAAGGUAAGGUACCAGGGUGUAGUAUAUUAAAUGUCUUUUUUUUGUAGUUUUGGUUAACAACUUCUAUAAUUGGGACCUACUGACCUGUACUGUGGACCAAUAUAAUUUAGGAGUUUAAAUGGAAACCAGCAUUUCUUUCCUAUAGGAUUUACAAGCACAUAAAAAAAAAAAACGUUUUAACUAUCAUGUUUUCAGGUGAGUUUUUAGUCAAUGUACUUAAAUACUGUUUUUUGGAUCUUUUAUCUGCAACAGUUUUUGUAUUUUAGAUUUUUUUUUCACUUAAGAUGAACAAAGUUGCAAAAGUCAGGGGAUAUUGAUCAAUAAAUAUUUGCAGCGUCACUUUUGAUAUACUUGUGAAAUAGAUAAUCUUCCAUAGUUCAUAAACAAUCAGUGCUCGACUUGACUGCUUAGGUGUUGUACGGUAUUUUAAGAGAACGCAAUCAAAGUAUCAGAGGAUGACAUUUUGAAAACAAAUGAAAUGUAGUAUAAUGUGAAUAUUUUGAUCUUACUCAUUCUCAUUUCACUCAAAUAGCACAAAAUGUGCCUCAGUUAUGUUUUUACUAUGUCAAAUUCCUUGGUUGUCUUUGUCCUUAUGCUGGUACUUAAUUGUAAUAUCAAGUAAAUUCCUGUUUUAUUGUUUAUUAAACAUACCUUUACUCAAGCAUGCAAUAAUAGCAAUAGUGCUUGCACCAAUACAUGACAAGGUUGAGUGCGUGAUAAGACAAAAAAAACAAAAAUGACCUAUCUGAGUGUGUGACAUGUUAACUCACCCUAGUUAUUAUGUGUUCAAUCCAGGCACAGUGCUAAAGCAGCAGGGCUGUUGGUUGUGCCACCUUGACGCAAAUUAAAUUGAUCCCAUUCCAUCCAAAUUCCUUGCCACAAAUGGAAUGUUAUUUAAAAAAAAAAAAAAAAAAAAGUUAUUAGUAUUUACCCUCUUCCUGAUUUGGACUGAGUAUAAAGGUCUAGGUGCUACUCCAUUUGAUACCUUAGACAUGCUCCGAAACUUUCGUGACUACUAAGUAUUUUUUAAACCUGCUGCUUUGGGCUGGAUGUGUUAAUGUGUGGUUCAUGCAUGCAUAAUCUAUGAGCAGAAUUGCUGUCUUACCUCAAUUAGCCACGAAAUCCCAAGUUUAAAAGCAACUGUUUUAUGGAAUCGGUGCUGUGCCAUUUUCCCGCAAGUGGGCCAGUCCCCUAGCAAUUUGAGUUCAACCAGUGAGCUCCAGCCCCUUGCCAUAUGAGUGACAGCUAGCAAGAGGCACGUCAUGCUCACACAGCAAAGUGAGAGAGGUUAAUGACGUGUUGCACAUAUCUGCACAUACUUGAUGUAGUAUGUCAUUUUCGGGGACCACUUGGCUCGUUAGUGCUACUUUCAGAACUACUGGCAAAAAAAUAUAGAAAAGUACAGGAGAAUCUUUAAUUUAAUGCAAUGUAAAUAAGCUGUGUAAAAAAAACUUAUCUCAUUUGGCCCCUUGGUUGGAAAAUACAUCCAUGUAAAAAUAUGGUCUACUAGUCAACACAUGGUUUUAAGCAAUUGUAAGAUUAGUGUUUCUUUACAAAUCUCCAGCAUGUUUGUAAUAUUCAUAAGUUUUCCUAAUAUGUGCCUAUGUUUGAUCUGUCACCUGAUAAAGUCACCUGAUAUACCGCCAGUAUGUGUGCUUAUAGAUUUGAUUACGUUCAACAUUGAUUUUGAAUGUGCUGUUACAUUCCCCAUAGGCAAUGAUAUGUUGGGAAUAAGACAAUACACACCAUAUGUUUCUUGAAUAAGUCCAGUGUAGUUUUUUUUUUUGGGGGGGGGGGCUACUUUUUUUUACACUAACUUAAUUUUUGAGUACAUUUUUUUUCCUCCCAGAUAUCCACUGAAAACAGUUUGGCAUGCCAUAGAUUUGGAGUUACAUGUUAUCAUAUUUUUGAUAUUGCUGUUAAACAAUUCAUUUACCUUUGGUUAAGGAAUUUUAAAAAGUGUGACCUUAUAUAUAUAUAUAUAUCACACACACAAGGUAAUUUGUGGGCAAUGUGAUUGUUACAACUGUGAGUCCAAUACUCUGCUGUAAAUAGGACAAUUUACAGAACAUUUAUCUGAACAAAACUGUGCCUUAAAAAUAUUGUCUGAAAUUACAUUAUUCAUAGCAGAAUAGCUUAAUUAACAUUAAAAUGAAUUUGUGGA